AUGGCUUUCGAGCCCAACGAACUCAUCACUAACGUUUGGUACUACGUAGACGAAGCGACCAGGACGCAAAAGCUCUCUGCUUCUUCCUGCUGCGGGCCCAGACCAUCAUGUCAUCCGAGAGAGUCAUCAGACCCACCGCAAGCUGAGGGCACUCGAGAUGCUGAUCUGGAGCUCUUCGACUUUGACUGCAACUUGACACACCAAGAUCUCCGAAGCGAUAUCGAGUCUUUAAUGCGCCAGGCUGCAACUGUUGGUGUCAACGAGAUGCUGGUGCCUGGUGCAUCAAUCGAAGACUCUCAACGAGCUCUCGAACUGUGCAGGCAACACCCGACACAGCUCUUUCCAACAGCUGGAGUGCAUCCGUACAACGCCCGGACAAUGCCAACGGCUGAGGAGCUCGCAACGCUUCGAGAUCUCCUCAAACUCGAACAAGUUCGUGCAGUCGGAGAGUGUGGCCUCGACUACUCGCCGAGUUUUCCAGAACGAAAAUAUCAGCGACGAUGGUUCGCUGAGCAAUUAGCGCUGGCCUGUGCGCUGAAGAAGCCACUGUUCUUGCAUGAACGACAAGCGCAUGACGACUUCAUUGAGCUGAUUGACGAAGCCACCAAGCAUUGUGCCGGAUACUUCCCGCCAGCAGUCGUGCACUGUUUCACGGGGAAUGAGGAAGAACUAGACGCGUACAUUGCCCGUGGCGACAACUGGUACAUUGGCAUCACAGGGUUCAUUUGCAAGCCACAAGGAGCUGCGUUGAGAGAAAGGCUGAAGCACGUGCCGUUGAACCGCCUUGUUCUGGAGACAGAUGCGCCGUACAUGGGGUUCCCCAAAUGUCGCCGUGCUGAGGUGUCCGGAAGAAAGAAACAGUAUCCAAAUGUGCCCAGCGCCAUGCUGCUCGUGGCUCAAGCUGUUGCUUCUGCGCUCGGUCGGUCACCGCAGGAGGUUGCGAAACGAACGCGGGCGAAUGCACGACGCUUUCUCUCGCUGCCGAUGAGCUAG